AGUCCACCAAGGUUGAGACCCUCCCCAGGCGUCUGCGGCUGGGACCCUGAGCCCAGGGACUUCCAGGGCUGAGUUCAUGACCCUCCUGGCUGCCUGGCCCGAAGCCCUUCACCACGGGAAACCCCGGUUUCCCCUUCUAUUACCUGAUGCAGGAGCACCCAGUCCGGCCACUCAAGGACACCCCGCCACCACCCAGCCUGUCCGUUCCCAGCCACGGUGUAGACGCCUGCCACACGCUUCCAGGCUCCCAGCCCCUGCAGCCAGGAUGGCCCAGGCCCCCGGAGACCCUGAUGAAAGAGACCUUGAGCAGAGGAUCCUGCAGAUGCUGAGGGACACUGGCUCCCCCAUGAAGGCUUUCCAGUUGGCAAAGGAGUGCCAAGUGCCCAAGAAAAAACUCAACCAAGUCCUCUACCGGAUGAAGGAAGAGUCCAAAGUCUCCCUGGAAGGCCAGGCGACAUGGGGUCUGGGCAAGGGCAGGGCUGGAGAAGUGGAGCCCACAGAGCUGGCCCAGCCCAACCAGGCAGAGAGGCCCCAGCAAGGCGUAGUUGCAGUGCCACAGGAAGCUGGCUCUCGGCUCACUACACAGCAGGAAGACAUCUACAGGAUUCUGGAAGCCCAUGGGCCCUGUAAGGCCCUGACCAUCUCCCAGAAGCUGGGAAGGAAGACAGCAAAAGAAGUCAACCCAGACUUGUACGCCAUGAGGAGGAAGCAUCUUCUGGAUUUCGAUGAGAAGUCAAGUAUAUGGGCAAUUUAUCAACCAGAUUUGAGAGGAAGAAAUCCGGCCACUGAGAUUAUUUGCCAGAAAACUUCAAUCAACAUCAUCUGUCAGAAUGGGCCAAAUAACCACAUUUCCAUUGACAAGUCUGAAGCCAUCCAGAUUGGACAUGGGAACGUCAUCAUGAGACAGGUGGCGUCUGGAGAGAAUAUGGCGCCAGCUGAUCCCUCAACUCAGAGUUCCCCGGCUGCAGCCUGGGGACCCCAGGACAUCCACAUGGAGAAGUCUGUGCUCAGACAGGUACAGAUGGGACAUGGCAACAAGAUGAACCUCAUCGGUGCCCAGGCCAGAGGCCCUGCAGCCUGGAGCCCCUUGGGCAGCCCCCCAGGCAGCCCCCCAGUCUCUGCCACCGCUGAAGGCCCAGGAGCUUCGUUUGAAAUUCGAAUGCCCCAACCAGGAUCUUCCUCCAAGGAGGAGGUGGCCCAGAGAGUCCAUAUCAAAUCAUGCUUCCUUGAGGACACUGCCAUCGGCAACAGCAACAGAAUGACUGUCAGCUCAGAGACAGCUGGUCCAGGAGGAGUUGCAAAGCCUGAGGAUGGCAGGAGGGACCCUGCGGAGCCAAGUAAGGUUGGAGGAUCCUCCCUCUGAAGGUGCAGCGCCUGGAAGCCAGUGCCCUCACGACCGUGACCAGGCCUCCCCCAGCAACGAUGGCAUCUUGACCUUCAUCUCCCACCUAGAAGCUGUGACUCUUGAAAGCAGGGAUCCCCGAACUGCGGAAGACAGUGGCCGGGUGGACAGAACCCCAGACAUGGACUCCCAGCGGCAGGUGGAGCCCAGGACAAACAGCUAGGCUCUCUCAGGAAGAGCAACACCAGUGAGCCCUUGGUAUUGUGCUUUCUGUGUUUCAUAAAUGUUGUUUUCCACCUUGUUGCCUCCUGACGCAUGGCCGGUGAGGGUCAGCAUUCGGGCCGGGCCUGGCCUGGGGCUGGGCAAAGGCACAUCUGUCCCAACGGCCUCCUUGGCCCACCUUCCGUCAUGGCUGCCCAUGCUUCUCUCACUCAAGACCCGACUUCCUCAAGGCCCAUUGUGGCUGCCUGACCUCUUUCCCACCCGACCUUUCUAGAACCUUCCUACCUCCACUUUGAUCUCUCAGGAUUUCUUAGCUGAGCUUCCAGAGAACAAAUCCCUCCCCUCGAGGCCCCAGCAGAAGUCACUGGCCAGCCCACGGGUCAGGUGACCUCUGCUAGCCAGCCAUCAGGGGGUGCUUGUCGUACACCAACAUGGUGCUUGUGGGUGGACUCGGUUCCCUCGGAAGGGUUGUGGGCACGGUGGCAUUUCCAGAACAAAGGAGUGGGGUGGGGUCUGGGCGACGCUUGGGAAGGGAGGAAGAUCGAGGAGGAUAGAGCCGUCAGCCAGGCAGGACCAUUGCCGAAGAGGACUGACAUCAUCCACUUGUUAUGUCAGUAACACACACGCAGCUCGGUGCCCACUACCCCUCCCGACGCCACACCUGUACCUCACUCUCUUUUGUGUAUCUUCCUCUGGACCGUGGAUGUCCAAUGCCCAGGAGCCAUGUUUCCUGGGGCUAGCAACUGCCUUCGUGGAGGAAGGGCUGGCUUAUCACGGAGCCUCAGUAAAGAAUGUCAUUGAACAACC